AUGGGAACCCCGCCAAAUGAAGGCACCGCAGCUGUUUCAACCCCUCUCCAACUAGAUUCACAGCCCCGGCCUGAUGUGCAGGCUGAAGCCAAUACCACAAGUGAAUCUAGUUCAAAGGGUUUGCCGGACAAGACUAAACCAGAGCAAGCGGAAACUCCCGCAGCAAAUGGCACUUCCCAACCAAAGUUAAACGGCCAUUCAUCCAUAUCAAACGGUCUUGGAUCAAAGCCAGAGUCCUCAGCCGUACACGAACCCUCCCCGGCUGACCUACUAUCCCCUGUUGAUCAGCCAUCCAACCAUAAAACUGCUGGUGUGGAAUCGGAGACGGCGGCUCUACAUCUAGGCGAGGCUACCACAAGCGAGGUUAUGAAUGGAGAUCCGAAAAACCGCCCAGUCGUAGACUCUACUGAUGUUGAUACCAACAUGGGCGCGUCAAAGGAUGCCGCUAACAAGGGGGAUACUGCGAAUGCGGACAUGGCAAUGGAUCAAGAUGAUGAGAAUGAUCCUCUUUUCUCGUCAACCCAAGAUCCGGAGCCAGCGUCAGCUUCAGAACAAGCUCCAGCAUCUAACCCGGCUCCAGCCGCAGAGUCCACCCCGGUUCUUUCUAAAGGACAGGAGAAGGGAGAGCAGGAUGUGGACCAUGACAUGGAUGCCGCCUCUGCUCCAGUGGCAUUAAAUGCCAAGCCAUCAGAGGCAGAGAACCCUGCCGUAUCUAAAAAAGCGCCUGAAAGCGGAGAAAAGGACAAAGAAGACCACGUUAUGGAGGAUGUGUCUGAGCCAGCCCCAUCGUCUACUGGCGAGGUAUCCACUACAAAAGUUUCGCGGGAACGCGAAGACGACGAUGAUGAACGGGCGGCAAAACGUACUAAAACCGAGGAUAUCAGCUCUGAUAACCCAGUGACUGAAGUUUCUGUCCUUCCCCCCUCAUCUUCCGGCGAGCCCGCCGCUCCUAAAACUCCUGUCACGCCUGCCCAUGACUCUGCAAAUGGCAUUCCAGAUAUACGUCAGGAUAUGACCAAGGCUCAGUUGAAGUUCUUCACCCGCACAUUCCAGAACUUGAAACGCCUUAGUGAUGCCCAGAUGUUCAAAUUCCCCGUUGACAUAGUUAAGUUAAACAUACCCACUUACUUUGACUUUGUCAAACAACCAAUGGACCUACAGACCAUGGAAGGCAAACUGAAGUCAGAAACAUACCGUACACCACAGGAUAUCAUCGACGACUUCAAGCUCAUGGUUAACAACUCGAAGGUAUUCAACGGGCCCGCGCACGUAGUCUCGCUGGCAGGUGAUCGUUUAUAUGAGAACUUCCAAAGACAAGUUAAGAAGAUGCCUGGCCAUGAUGAGCCUGACAUCACUCCUGCCGAGAAGAAGAGCAAAAAAGUUGCCACUAUGCCGACUAAAACACAACCACCCCGAAGAGAGACACGGCCUCCUCCUCCAACCCCCCCACCUGCUCCAGUCGCUGCUGCGCCCGCUCCUCCGCGCGCCAGCAAUGCUGGAUCACCAACAUUUGCAUUGGGCCCAGAAGGCCUUCCCCUAAUCCGUCGUGACUCGACUACGGUCGAUGGCCGACCGAAGCGAUCUAUCCACCCGCCCAAAAAUCGCGAUCUACCCUUCUCCAUGAAACCCAAGAAAAAGAAGUUCCAGCAAGAACUGAAAUUCUGCCAGGAAGUGCUUGAUGAACUGCACCACAAGAAAUACUACGCGGUCGCCUCAUUUUUCUAUGACCCUGUCGACCCAGUUGCCCUCAACAUUCCUACCUAUCACAAUGUAAUUAAGAAACCGAUGGACUUGGGAACAAUGAAAAGCAAGCUAGCGACCGGCCAAUACGAAAACGCAAAGGAGUUCGAGGCAGAUAUGCGCCAGAUUUUUAAGAACUGCUAUAAAUUCAACAUUGUCGGUGACCCCGUGUACACUGCUGGAAAGCAAACCGAGGAAAUCUUUGAUCGUAAAUGGAGCCAAAAGGCACGAUGGUUGGAGGCGCACGAACCUGCCUCAGGCCAUCAGUCAGCCGGCACAUCUGACGACUCUUCUGAAGAUGAAGAAAAUGAGAGUGAUGAUGAGCAGGAGAAACUAACCAUGCUGCAAAAACAAAUUGCCGAAAUGUCAAAGCAAGUUGAGGCAAUCACUAAGAAGAAAAAGACACCUCCAGCCUCAAAGAAGCCCAGCAAGUCCAAGGCUAAAAAGGAAGGGAAGAGAGGUGCUGCCGGAACGGCCGGCAAAAAGGAUAAAAAGAGCGGUGGCUCAAAGGCUAAGAGUGAGAAGGGUCGUUGGGUUACAUACCAAGAGAAGACUAUGAUUUCAAACGGAAUCAGCAGCCUGCCGGAGCAUAAAGUCCAGGAGGCAUUUACUAUCAUUCAGAAAAACGUGCCUUCUCUUCAGGGAAUGGACGGGUCCGAAAUCGAACUUGACAUUGAUGAACUUCCCAACAAUGUGCUUGUGACUCUACUCAAGUUCGUUAAGCAACAUGCACCUGCUUCUGUCUUGGGUAGCUACGAGGAGCCAAGUGAACCAGAGCCUCUCCCUUCCUUGCCUCCACCAAAACCCAAGAAAAGCAAACCUAUGAACAAGACAGAGCAAGAAAAGCAAAUUCGUUCUUUGCAGAGUAACCUGUCAAAGUUCAAAGGCGGUGCUGGAGCUGGGGUGGCAGCUGCAGGAGGAUCUUCUUACGAGCAGGCUACCAAGUCUGAAAGCAGCGGUGACGACGAAGACUCGGAGGAGAGUGAAGAAGAGUAA